AUGGAUAAGACGCUGAGACGCCGAGCCCACGGGCAAAGAUCGCGCACUGGAUGGUAUUGCCCUGCUUCUGAUAGAAACGAAGUUGCUCGCUUGCUUACCUUUUAUCUGCUACUUUUAGUCUACCGUGCCGCAUCCAGAAGAUCAAGUGCGACGAAACUCAACCCUGCUGUCAACAGUGUUACAAGCGUAAUCGCCUCUGAUCCUGAUCUUGUGGCGGCCCCGACGCGGUCGAAGCCAUCAGAACCUGGCCCUGUUGAUACGAGUUGCCACGAUGCCGUCGACGAGAGUAUCAACGCCCAUGAGAGAGAUUGGCAUUUGUUUAUUGGUGAGCAUAGCAGAUCUCAAGAUAUAGACGUGAGCGACGAAACAACCAGUGUCCCCAGCCCCAUCUCAAAUACUGUCUAUGACUCGGGUCGCAUCCUGGUUCAGCUGGCGAACUUACCCACGGUCCAUCUCAAUGAAGCCCAAAAUCACCUGACGACUGUAGCCGCCACGCCCGGCACGUCGGGCGAAAUGAGCUCACCUUUACCAAAUAGCAUUGCAGUGCAGCCAGAAGUGCCUCGACGAGAGUCAAUCAUCCCCGAGGCAUUCGAUUUCGUCGUUUCGCCGUCUCCUUUUGGAACAGAUGAGAGUCUACCGCAUUUGCCCGCAAUGGUCGCGGCGCAUGCUCUCACGCCAUCUAAGGACUGUCAGAGUACAGGAAGCUUGGCUUCGACGGAAUCGAUAGACCGGAAAUCGGAGAUCGUGGAAACCGACCCUGAGCUGUCCUUUUUCUUGCGGCAAUUUGCAGACACAAUGGGAAACUGGAUGGAUCUGUUCGACAUGGAUCGACAUUACCAUCGAGUUAUACCAAUGCUCGCAUGGAGUAGUCCACUGCUUCUUUAUUCUGCCUGUGCCGUGGCAGCCAAGCAGCUCACCUUAGUUAAACCCUCUCCACAGGAGCCUCGGUUCUAUUUUCAACCCUGGCAGACCAGCUUCCAAAAGGACUUUGCAUGGUAUAGCACCAAGUACUACGACCGUGCCAUUUCGCUACUACUAGGGUAUGUUUCCGACCUCAGUUCAGGAGAUUCUGGGCAAGAAAACGCAAUACAACAGAGCAAGCGUGGUCGCACCCCCAAGCCAUGCGGAAAUGAGAUCAUCAUAGCAGCCACCAUAUUAUCAGUUUACGAGUUCCUCACCGCUAGUGACCAGACAUGGUCUGAACACCUUGAUGGUAUCCGAUCCUUUAUUGGUCUGUCGGAGGAACUGGGCUUUAAUUUUCAGCCCACAUCAGCAGGCCCAGUUCUUGAUCCUCUACUACCAAGUCUGCUACGUGCUGCUUGUUGGAAUUUUGCCAGGCAAGAUUUCCUCGCAGCUUCUAACAUGGCUAGUGAUCAAUGGUCACAAAACUCGUCUCGAUACGGAAAAUCCAGUGAUCUGGCGACAAAUGGGUCUAAGCGUGACUGGAAAUGGGAAACCAAUAGCCCACAUGGAUUCGCAUUCCUCAGAGGAUGCCCAUUCGGAGUCUCUACGGCCUGA